AUGGCAUGUCAAUGCCGCAAAAUAACUACUUUUGUAGGUUUAGCCGUAGUUGUUGCUUUCAUUGCCAUUGCUUUGCAGCAACCUAGUUUGGAGCAGUUUCCAGAUGUUGGAAAAACAACUCACCAAAUAAUAACUUCUCGUGGUUUUGAGCAUGAAGUUCACUUUAUUCAUACCUCUGAUGGGUACAUUCUUCAGACAACUCGCAUUAUCAAUCCGACGGUCGAUUAUGAGCGGCUGCCUGUUUAUGUAAACCAUUUCAUGGCCGGAUCAUCUACACGUAACUAUGUUCAACUGCUGCAGCAAGAAUCAAUACCCACAAAGUACAGCUAUGAUGACGAAGAGCCAGGACGAAAUCUGCGAGAGUACAAAGCUGACUUUCCAAGUAUUUACAAGUUGGGCAACAUAAACUCUACUGACAUUGCUUUGGUGUACACCAAACGAGACUGGUACAAUCACAUUGCUGAUGUCCAUUUACUGAAGGAAAGUUUAAAUGUUAAACUUUUGGACGAUUAUCAAGUUCCCGACCAAACUUGGAAUCAUAUGGAGCUACUUUGGGGUAAAAAUGUUGGCAAAUUAGUAAACGAGCGAGUUUUGAAACUAUUGGCAAAAUACUAG